GUAUUUCAUUCCAACCUACGCGACAUGGGCGGCACAGAGAGCACCCCAGAACACCAAGACCACGACCGGCGCACCGUCGCCGCGUACACGCUGUACGGGUUUGGUUGUACACGCUGCUGCGCUUCGCCGGCCUUUGUGACCGGAGCACCAGCCCCAAGCUUCUGCGGAGCCUCCUGCGGCUCCAAACAGUUUGACGGCGGCGAAGGAGACGGAGACGGCGGUGGCGGCUCGCUGCUGUAUGGCCCGUUCCGCCAGGAUUUGGAAGCAGAUCUCGAACGAGCGGCCGAAAUAGCCAGGAAUGAUAUCACCUGGUGCAGCCACAUUUUCUGCAGCGGCUGCGACAGUACGGCCAAGGCGGCCGCCAGGCGCCUCAACGAGUCUUGGUGCGCCGAGUGGAACCGGGGCCGCCUCACCGGAAGCGGCCUGCAAGUGCAGGCAGUGGAGGAAGUUUACGGCUUCGGAAGAUCACGCGCAACCUUCCUGCUUCUGCGCGUCAUGAUGGCCCGCAGCCUUGUCCGCAUUGCCGAGGAAGCAGGGGUGACGGCCAAGUUUGAGCCGCGGACCAUCCCUCGCAAGCGGGAAAUGAAAGGACCAGCCAAAGCAGCGUUCGACUUCGUGGCCAUUGGCCGCACAAGCAUCAGGUACGGGGACGUCACAUUCUCCAGCAACGAGGCGCGGUCCAACCGCAAGUACAUGCCAGAACAGUUGGUGCAAAGGGCGACGAGGGUGAAGCACAACAAGUACGGCCCCGUCAUCGAGAAGAUGCUCAAGGACGCCGGAUACGUCGAACCAAGAGACAAGCACAAGUUGCAGCUGCAGUACGGCGAGCUGCAGCCAUCGUAUAUUGCCGAAACGUUGGACUACGAGGCGGCUACCAACAACACCAACAUGACCAUUGAAUUUGCGGCGCUCAAGACAGCCUUUGGCCUGCGCCUCGCAUCGUAUGAAGCAGGUACGGGCGAUGACGUCGGGGGGCAGUUUGACAAGGCCGGACUCGAGCUAUCCGCCUUUAUCCUUGCUAACCGGGCGCUGGUGCACGACAUCAAGGACGUGGCCUGGGGCAAUGGUGUCGACAUUUAUCACCAGUUUAGCGUGGUCGGGAAGUGUUCACGCUAUGGCUGCUGGGGAGCGACCGAGUUUUACACAGAUCCUCCGUCCCCCAAGGCCAAGGCCAUUCAAGAGGUCCUCGGUCGUGAAGCCAUCCAGCGCUAUGGCAGCGAUGACGGUCUCUCCCGUCACAACUCGUCCAGUUCCAAUCGCCUCUACGAGCACCACCACCACUACCACCAUCACCAUCACCAUUACUACGGCAGCGUCCCCAACUCGGCUCACUCAGGCCACCACAGCCCCGGAGGCCACCACAGCUCGGGCCAUCACCUCAGCCACAGCCAAGGCCUGAGUCACAGUCACCACAGCCUACACAGCCUUCACAGCCACCAUAGCCACCAUCAUCACGGUCACCACGGUCACCAUGGGCAUGGCCACCACGGCAGCCACGGCCAUAGUCGUGGCCCAGGCCGCAACCACAGCCAUAGCAGCCUGCACAGCAUCCAGAGCCACCUUAGCUUUGGCUUUGGACGCCGCCGCCCCCCACACUCGGAAGAGGAUUACGGCAUUCGCCUCACCCAGCUCGUUCGCCUCAUCGCUGAUCGCCACGAGGAUG